AUGGCGCAAUGGAACAAUGGCUCUUUCUCUCCCAAUCCUACUUCUUAUUCUUCAAUCUCAAACCGUACCAUCUCUCUACUCAGCCGCAAUGUUCUCCUUCUCCUCCUCGCCUUCUUCGUUCUCCUUGGUGUGUUCAUCAUACCCUGGACAGGAUCUCCCUUAUUCCCGUUUCCAAACAGAAGCUCUUCUUCUCCUUCUUCUUCUUCUUCUUCUUUGCCCUCCAACUGGCACGACUACUCCCUGGCUCAAGCGGCCAAGUUCGUCGCUAAGGACGGGACAGUGAUCGUCUGCGCCGUUAGCUAUCCCUUCUUGCCUUUUCUCAACAACUGGUUGAUUAGUGUUUCUAGACAGAAGCAUCAAGACAAAGUGCUCGUGAUCGCCGAGGAUUACGCUACUCUCUACAAGGUUAACGAGAAAUGGCCUGGCCACUCCGUUCUCAUUCCUCCAGCGCUCGAUUCUAAGACCGCACAAAAUUUCGGUUCCAAGGGUUUCUUCAAUUUUACGUCUCGGAGGCCGCAACAUCUCUUGCAAAUUUUGGAGCUAGGUUACAAUGUUAUGUACAACGAUGUUGACAUGGUCUGGUUGCAAGAUCCGUUCCAGUAUUUGGAAGGAAGCCAUGAUGCAUACUUCACCGAUGACAGGACUACAAUUAAGCCUUGGAAUCACUCGCAUGAUUUACCACCUCCAGAUCGAAACGGAGUGACUUAUAUAUGUAGCUGCACCAUUUUCUUGCGACCCACUAAUGGCGCAAAGCUUCUCAUGAAGACAUGGAUUGAUGAGCUUCAAGCUGGGUCUAAAGCAUAUGAAGGAAAUGAUCAGCCUGCCUUUAACUGGGCUCUUAACAAAACAGCUCAUCAGGUGGAUCUCUACUUGCUUUCUCAGGCAGCAUUCCCAACAGGAGGAUUGUACUUCAAGAACGAAACAUGGGUUAAAGAGACAAAGGGGAAACAUGCCAUAAUCCACAACAACUACAUUAUCGGUUACGACAAUAAGAUGAAACGCUUUCACGACUUUGGUCUAUGGCUAGUCGAUGACUAUGCUCUUGAGUCACCAUUGGGAAAAUUAGAGUAA